AUGUCAACGAACGACACCUCGACUUGGUACGAUGGCGACGUCCCGACCAUGUCGGCGCCUCAAUCGCUCGCAGAUGUCGUGCUCGGUCCGCUGCAGGUCGGCUAUCAGGAUGCGUUGCCGCUUGUCCUCAUCCUGUUCGGGGUGUACCUCAGCCUGUUCAUUCUCUACGCCGCUCUCGGCGAACUCAAGAAGCAUUCUCGCGUCGGUCAAGCAGCGCUCACCGCUUCCUGCGUUCUCAACGCGGUCUUUUCAGGCUUUGUUUUCUACGAAAGCUAUCUCACCGCAGUGUCGCAAAACCGAUCCUCCUUCGUCCUCGAGAACAACGACCUGACCUGGAACGUCCUCCCGAUGCUCAUUGGAAUCAUUACGGCCAUCACUGAGGGUUUCCUUUCGGCGAGGGCGGGUCAACUCAUCGCCUCCCGUCUCGUCCGCAUCCUCUUCUGGGUCGCCGUCACCUGCGCAGAUGGUGUCCUGUAUCACGACGGCGCCGAGGCGGCCGACCUCGUUAUCCAGUACACCACAGGCAACUCGAUCUACUUCUGGGCAAGCUGCGUAGCCGAUAUCUCCAUCUCCAUCGCCUGCGCUUGGUCGCUUCGCGCUCGGAUCGCAGGCUUCAACCCAUCGACGGAUUCCCUGCUUCGGCACUUGAUCUCGAUCGCCUUCCGAACGGCAGCCUACACCGCCGUCUUCUCUCUCGCGUCGGCCAUUCUUGCGACCGUCUACGGCGACGAUACCUUGAACGCCUGGAUCGUCUAUUGCUUCUGGAUGUUCAUGCCCGCCGCCUACGGCCUCUCGCUCUUCACCUUUGCGACGUCAAGCAAGCGCGCGAUCGAACAGCGCCUCGGCUCGAGCGGCAGCCAAGGCAACGUCGGAGGAACCGCUGCGAAGCGCCGAACGACGUUCAAGACGUCCGCCGUACCAGGCGAGACGCCCAUUCCGCUCGAAACCAUCCGGCUGCCUCGGACGCAGCCGCUCGAGAUCCACGUCCAGCACGAGCAGGUGGUCUCGGUGGAUCACAACGACGACACGGAGUCGAAGGGCGGGAGCAGCGAGAAGCACCAUGGGCCGGAGUGGGAGGUGUAG